AUGGAGACCGGGGCGCCGGCGCGCGGAGAUCCGAGGGCGGCUCGGCGCCGCCUCCUGCCCAGGCCCGGGCGUGCCCGUCGCGGGUCCUACCGAGACUCGGAGGCCCCCACCCCCCGCCCCGGCUUCUCAACACAAACUUUCCGUCCCGCUCGCUCCCUCCUCCGCUCCCGGCGCCUCCCGCUCCAGCCCGGCUCAUUCCGCACAUUCCGGCCAGCCCCCUCCCCACGACCCCCCUUCCCCGGCCCCCCUCUCGGCCCCCUCGGGCCCGGCGGAGCGGCCCGGCCGGAGCGCCCCCCCGAGCUCGGACCAGGCUCAGGCAGCCCCGUGGGCUCAGGCCCAGAGCCCGGAGCAACCAGCACAAUAGCGUCCAACAGCUGGAACACCAGCAGCAGCCCCGGCGAGGCCCGGGAGGAUGGGCCCGAAGGCCUGGACAAAGGCCUGGACAACGAUGCGGAGGGCGUGUGGAGCCCGGACAUCGAGCAGAGCUUCCAGGAGGCGCUGGCCAUCUACCCGCCCUGCGGCAGGCGCAAGAUCAUCCUGUCGGAUGAGGGCAAGAUGUACGGUCGAAAUGAGCUGAUCGCGCGCUACAUUAAGCUGCGGACAGGGAAGACACGGACAAGAAAGCAGGUGUCCAGCCACAUACAGGUUCUAGCUCGGAAGAAGGUGCGGGAGUACCAGGUUGGCAUCAAGGCCAUGAACCUGGACCAGGUGUCCAAGGACAAAGCCCUCCAGAGCAUGGCGUCCAUGUCCUCUGCCCAGAUCGUCUCCGCCAGCGUCCUGCAGAACAAGUUCAGCCCGCCCUCCCCUCUGCCCCAGGCCGUCUUCUCCACUUCCUCACGGUUCUGGAGCAGCCCCCCUCUCCUGGGACAGCAGCCUGGACCCUCUCAGGACAUUAAGCCCUUUGCACAGCCAGCCUACCCCAUCCAGCCGCCCCUGCCACCGCCACUCAGCAGCUACGAGCCCCUGGCCCCGCUGCCCCCAGCCGCUGCCUCCGUGCCCGUGUGGCAGGACCGCACCAUCGCCUCCUCCCGGCUGCGGCUCCUGGAGUACUCGGCCUUCAUGGAGGUGCAGCGAGACCCUGACACGUACAGCAAACACCUGUUUGUGCACAUCGGCCAGACGAACCCCGCCUUCUCAGACCCGCCCCUGGAGGCUGUGGACGUGCGGCAGAUUUACGACAAGUUCCCCGAGAAAAAGGGAGGCCUGAAGGAGCUCUAUGAGAAGGGGCCCCCCAACGCCUUCUUCCUCGUCAAGUUCUGGGCGGACCUGAACAGCACCAUCCAGGAGGGCCCGGGCGCCUUCUAUGGGGUCAGCUCCCAGUACAGCUCUGCCGACAGCAUGACCAUCAGCGUCUCCACCAAGGUGUGCUCCUUUGGCAAGCAGGUGGUGGAGAAGGUGGAGACCGAGUACGCCAGACUGGAGAACGGGCGCUUCGUGUACCGCAUCCACCGCUCGCCCAUGUGCGAGUACAUGAUCAACUUCAUCCACAAGCUGAAGCACCUGCCUGAGAAGUACAUGAUGAACAGUGUGCUGGAGAACUUCACCAUCCUGCAGGUGGUCACCAGCCGAGACUCCCAGGAGACCCUGCUCGUCAUUGCUUUUGUCUUCGAAGUCUCCACGAGCGAGCACGGGGCCCAGCACCAUGUCUACAAGCUUGUCAAAGACUAGGGGCCCUCGAAGGCGCACAAGGCUUCAGAACUGGCGCCUCUGGGGGGUCCAGGAUCAAGGACUCAUCCACCCACCAGGCAUCUGGCCCGGGACCCAGGAGGCCACCCCGCCCACCCCCAGCACACACACUCCCUGCCACUGUUCUGCGCUUUAAAUGUGGGAGAAGAGAGGAGGGCUGGGCCAUGGGGCAGCCAGGCUGCAGCGCUGACCCACUCGCGCAGCUCUGUGUGGCUUGAGUGACCUCAGAGAGCUGGGGCUGGAGGACACCUUCGGGCUCCAGCAGGUGUGGCCACUGGGUGUCCCCCCCAGGGGCGUGUGGUAGGCGCAGAGGCCCUAGGAGAGGAGUUGGGGUUGUGUUGGAAAGGGCCCCCACUUCCUCACAUCCACUGGGUGUCAGGCCCCUUGCAUGCCUAUACUGUCCACAGAGCCUGCAAAGCGGGCAUGAACUUGGUUUCAGGCGAGGUGCCAACGUAGAGCCCCAGGAUGAGCGAGUUCUCUCGGGGCUGCUCAUCCUGGAGCCCAGGCUUGCACUACCUCCCUGGAGCAAGGCUGGCUGCAUGGGGAGAGUGGAGCAGCACCUGCCCAGGGAGUGAGGGGGCCUCGCACAGGCUCCAGGAGAGGUAGCAGGAGGCCUGGAUAUUCUCCCUUGCCUGAGCCGAGGUCGCCAAGCCCUGGAAGGGUCCUACUGCCUUCUGGUCCUUCCCACCUCAGUCCCCCUGCCCUGGGCCAUCAGCUGCCCAGGCCUUGUUCUGGGGCUGAGGGUCAACCCUUUGCUGCCCACCAGCCCUCUGGGUAUUUAUGAGUUUCAUAUGAAGUACUGUGCCCCUUCCCUUCCCUGCCCCACCCUGCCCGAGCUUCCGGAAGGUCCUCACAGUUUGCAUAUCGCUCAGGCCACCCCCCAACCCCCACCUAGGUUUUAUAAUGUAUAUUAUAUAUAUAUUUUUGUGUAUUUUUUAAAUUCAGCUGUGAUGGGUUGUCAUAGAUGCGGCUCUGGGCUAGGGCACUGGUCCUCAAGGCCCAGCUCCUGCUCAAAAACAGAAUUAAAGUUAUGUUUGUGGGUCCGCCACAUGACCGGCCAUGCACCAAUCCUUGG